AUGGGCAAACCAAAACGCUCCGCUCUCCAGGCGGCCGAAGACACCCUGACCCCGCCGGCAACCCUGGAAAAGAACCAGGCCAUCGUGCGCGUCGUCAAGGCCGAGGGCAACAACCUCUACGCCUGCGAGCUGCCCAACAAAAAGGACUUUGUCCUCGAGCUCGCCCAGCGCUUCCGCAACACGAUCUGGAUCAAGCGCGGCGGCUUCGUAUUGGCUGAGAGGUACGAGGAGCAUGAUGGGCGCGUCAUGGGCGAGAUUAUCAAUGUCGUUCGCGACGAGAAGGCCUGGCGCAAGCAAGCUUACUGGCCCAAGGAGUUUGUAAAGACCAACACGUACGAAGACAGCGACGAAGAAGAGUCCAAUGUGGGCAAGAUGCCGCCUUCCGAUUCUGAGGACGACUACUGA